UCAGAUGCCAUUCGCGAUGCCUCUUACAAUCUUGACAGUAGGAGAAAACCCAAAGCGUGGUGAAACCCUAACUUCCUAAAAAUGCUUAAAGAGCAAGUUCCCCAAAACGAAAGUUUGGAAAUAAAUAAACAAAUAACACCAGACUGCAGUCUCGCGAUCACUCAGGAAGAACUAGAAGAUAUUUUAAAAAGGAAAAACAAGAAGUCAGCUGGAGGGUAUGAUAGAAUAACAUACAAAAUGAUUAAGGCGCUACCUGACAGUUCUUUAAACAACCUCCGAACAACACUAAACGAUAUUUUUUUUGACUAACCAAAUCCCUGACAACUGGCGAAGGGUCAAGAUUGUACCCAUCCCCAAGAAAGAUAGGGACCUUGACAAUUUUAGGAAUUUUCGACCUAUAGCGUUAAUUUCAGUGUUACUAAAAUGUAUAAACCUAUGUGUUAAAUAUAGAUUAGAAGAGUUCUUACAACUCAAUAAUAUUCUACCGCACUCCUCCUUUGCAUAUAGGAAAAAGAAGUCGGCGACCAUGGCAGUUAACUAUCUUCUGCAUAAAACGGCUAUUAAAAAACAUAAAGGCAAAAAAAUCAUUUUCUGUGCCAUUGACAUCAGCAAUGCCUACAAUUGUGUAGACAUAAACAAAGUAGCUGUUAUUAUAAACAAUGUAGGAAUCAAUUCAAACUACGCUGAGUGGAUCAUAAAUGUACUGGCAUUAAGAAAUCUUAUACUAGCGGAAGAGUCAAUCUACAUCAGUGGUGGUCUACCACAGGGUAGCUGCCUCUCCCCACUCCUAUUUAAUAUAUAUACCAAAGACUUACACAAUAUCAGAGAUGAAAACACUAGCAUCAUCCAAUUCGCAGAUGAUUUUGUGAUUUGCUCGGACGGGGAUGACGUGGAAAGUGCAACAUGUAGGCUGCAACAAAAAAUUACUAUGUUUAAUGAAAUAGCGAAAAAUCUAAACCUCUCUUGCAACCCACUGAAAACCAAAAUAUUGUAUGUCAGCAAGGGCAGUAAAAAACGUAUUCAAAUAACUUUAGAAAACACUCAAAUUGAGCAAACGAACGCUAUAAAAUUCCUAGGUAGAUAUAUCAAUACUUCUCUUACACUGACAGAGCACUACAAUUCUGUAAUUGCCAACUCCAAGAACAAUUCCAAACUUUUCAAAAUGAUCACCACUGUAAAAUCAGGACUAAGACCAAAUGUUGCGCUUAAUUUUUACAAGUCUUUCGUCAGAUCCAAAGUUGAAUACUGCCGAACGUCAGCUGCAAAUAGUACUGUAAUAGUCAACAAGAAAAUCAGAACGUUUCAAAAUAGCUUCCUGAGAAGGGCGCUUGGAAUAACACCAGCCACACCAAUUCCCUUAAUUUACGCACUUGCAAAUGAGCUUCCGCCAUUAGAGAGAGCCAAAUGGCUCACCGCCAAAGAGCUGUUAAAAAUACUUACCUCCGACGAUCCAUUUAAAUCAGACAUUUUUAACCACCCCUACUUAAACUCCAGCUACAGUAAAACCUACCUGGAAUUUAAACACUUUUUUGACCUCCUAGGGUCCGCUGAUCACUUGCUCCCUCCCCCUAACUUAAUUGUCUUGACCAAUCUCCUGUCCAACAGCAAACGCAACACACCCAAGGAGACGGCCCUCGCAACAUAUGCGAGGAUCCUUCAUGAUUACAGAAGAUCACUUUUCAAAAUUUUUUACACGGAUGCUUCCAUACAACAAAACUGUGCAGGGAUUGGCAUAUACGACCUUUCCAAUGAUAUAGAACACAUGUAUAAAAUAAAUUUUAAUACAUCCUCGAGCUUCGGUGAGGUUAUUGCAAUUUGGAAAACCUUGCAAACAGCGACCACAAACAGCUAUGAUAAAACCUAAUCCACAAAAUCAUCAAAGAAUCUCCUAUUCUCGUCCAUGUGAUCUGGACACCAGCACAUGUUGGAAUAAGUGGUAACGAAAGGGCUGACCAACUAGCUAAAAAAGCGUCUGAACAUGCACAAACCAUUGAGGUAAAAUUAACAGCCACCGAAGCCAGUAGGAACAUUUAUAAUCAGAUAAAGAACACCUGGUACAAUGAUUUUUUAAGUUUCUCCAAUGAUAAACCGAACCUUUUUUCCCGCAUUUUUAAUACCAGUCCAACGCACCCAUGGUUUAGAAAAUGUCCACUUACGCCCAAGCAAAUCAAAAUCAUUAAUAGAAUUUUAACUGGCUAUACGUAUGAUAAGUCUUACUUAUUUAAAAUCAAAGCAAUAAACUCAAACGCAUGCGUGUGUGGUCAGAUUAGCAACUACACCCAUUUAAUUCUACAUUGUGAAAGACUCAAAACCAUCAGAGAAAGAUUUGAUGUAAUCAAAAACUCGAACAACCUAGACGAGAUACUCCAAGGUAUGAACCCUGGCAAACUAACACAACUUGUACUGUUUAUCGAAGAAGCACAAAUCUCGCUUUAAAUACUUUAAAAAAAAUAAAUAAAAAAAUUGCUUCUAACAACAACUCAUUUUGAUCGCGUUUUGACGUUCCAACGCAUUCGCUCAGCGCGUAUUUGGGGGCCGUACAAGCCCUCCGGCAUAUACAAACAUGCACCUGGAAACAAAACCAAACGGCAGCGCAAACACGAAACUUUUCACCACACUCAAUUCUGUCUUUUGUGCUGUCAUUUCGGACACACCAACAUAAAUCAGUAGCUGAAAAACGGCGAGCAACCAAACAACUCAUUAAAAACACAAAAGUCGCACGGAUGUGCAUUCGUUUAAUCAGACGGCAAACUCACAAAGAAAUAAGGAAGACAAUUACCCAGAACACCACUAGCAGCAAAUCGAUCUAAAUAAGCAGCGAAUAACACGGUUCACAACUUAAAGGAAUAACCUGGCUUAUGUAGCGCUCCGCUUUGCCAACACAACCCAAAACCAAAAAAAAAAA